AUCAGCAAGUUCAACAAGCUUCUAAGACUCGGAAUUACCGCAGUAAAUAAACAAAAAACAAAUCAACAAGAUGCCUUGCAAGGGAUGUGGAAACAACUGCCAGUGCUCAGCCGGAAAGUGCGGAGGUAACUGCGCCGGAAACAGCCAAUGCCAAUGCGCCGCCAAGACGGGAGCCAAGUGCUGCCAGGCCAAGUGAUGGCCGGAUCCAUUUGGAUUAGGUUAAAUAGUCUCUAAUAGUUGUUACAAACCCCUGCCUGACGCUGAAUAAAACCCAUUAUAAUGUUGUGCUUAUCUUAAUUUAAUAUUACUAUUAAUUAUUGCGAAAUGUUGCACUUUAAAUCCUUUCAAAAAUUGAAACAGAAAAGCUUCGUUAUUGCAAAUUGUUACCUUCUUAAUCCAGGUCGUCAUGCAGUUAACAGUGAUUCACAUUUUUUGGCAACAAUAUUGAAUCCUUAACAUUAUAAAUCGUAUUAUAAAUUUAUUGUGCCUGCUUCUAAAGUAGACUUUAGAGCUACUCAUGCAUAAAAGUAGAAAAUAACUGAAAAAAUGUUCAGGCAUUUGUGACGGAAGUCUUCAUUUCAGGCCCCACUUUGGGCAUAAGUUU